AUGGAUGUACUAAGAAAAGCAGUUCAAUCCAUCAUUCAAAUUGAUGGUCAGAUGAAUCAGUUAGAACGAACAAUAGGGAAGUCAUUCAAUGAAGAUCGAAUGUUGGAUGGUAGUAUCAACAUUGCCCAAUCUACGGGUCGUAGCAUGUCUGAGGUGAACGGAAAUUUAAUUGGUUUUGCCAAUCAGGGGUUUAACGAGUCAGAUACACUGAGUCUAGGGAAAGCUGCAAGUGUGUUGCAGAAUAUAUCCAACUUGACGCCAGGUGAUUCGGUUAAUACGCUUACUGGUGCAAUGGCUGCAUUUAACAUCGAAGCUAAUAAGAGUAUGGGAAUUGCAGAUAAGCUCAAGGAGGUUAGUGGGAACUACGGUGUUUCAAGUAAGGAUUUGGCAUUAUCCUUAACUUCAGCUGGCGCAGCAGCCAAAUCCUUUGGGGUUUCGAUUGAGGAGCUACUGGGAAAUACAGCAGCUAUUAGCAGUAUCACUCGGGAAAGUGGAGAUGUUGUCGGACGAGGACUGAAAGCGAUAUAUACUAGAGUUGGCUCGGAUGAACAAUCUGCCGGGGUUCUACAAUCCGUAGGUAUCUCCAAAGCUGACAAAGAUGUGAUCACGGUAUUGGAUGAACUGGCGGGAAAAUGGAAUCAGUUAACGAAAGCUCAGCAACAAAAUACGGCUUUCAGCUUGGCUGGACAAGAUCAGACAACAACGUUUACAGCCUUGAUGCAGAAUUGGCAAACAUCAGUGAAUGCAUCGGAAUCAGCCCUCCAUUCACAAGGGGCGGCAAUGAAAGAUAAUGAGCAAUAUAUGGGAUCGCUCGGUGCAAGAAUUCAAAAUAUGCAGACAGCAUGGGAAUCGCUAACACUUGCUCUGGGUAAUGCUCUUGUAUCUGAUAGCAUUAUCACCAUUACUUCGCUUGUCACAGAGUGGUUAAUGAAUAAGUUCUCAAACGCGACUCAAGCCACCGAGGAUUUUUCUGAUCAAACAGAAGCGUUGAAUCAGAAGAGUGAAUUUGCUGCUCAAAAAUAUGAAGAAUUGCGUCAAGAACUUGCCGAUUUAAAUCAAGAGUUCCAACAAGAUAUUAAUAUUAAGGCCGAUGCAAUCAAAGGUGGCAAAUUAAACGCUGAUCAGACCGUUAAAUAUACCAAUACGCUGAAAGAUUUAAACAUUGCGCUGAUAGACAACAAUUCAGCUAUGAGUGACGUAAAUGAGAGAUUAAAAGCAUUGCGUGAGAAUGCCGCAGACAAAAUUAUUGAAGAUUUCAAAAAAGUCAUUGAGCAGCAGCGCGACUUUGCUAUCGAUGCCAUUGAUGAGCAGCGGAAAGCUGAAGACGAACGCCAUAAAGAGCGAAAUAAACAUCUGGAUGAUGAGCAGAAGAAGUUCGAAACGUACAUUAAUGCACGACUAAAAGCACUGGAUCGUGAAAAUUCUUCUGUCGAUUAUGAAGAAGAGCUGACCAAGAAAAAGAACGAACGUCAGAAAAUUGUGGACAAACUUAACGUUUUGUCUCUGGAUAACUCCAUGGAGGCUAAGGCUAAACGAAAAGAUCUGACAGAGCAACUUACAACCGUAGAUGAAGAAAUCGCUACAUACGAACGUGAUCGUGAAAGAGAGCUUGUUAAGCAGGGACUGCAGGACCAACUUAAUGAUCAUAAGAACUAUACAGAUAAGCUAAAAGAAGAAGAUAGCGAUCUUCAUGAGACAACGCUAGCUAAUCUGGAUGAUGAGAAGAAGAAAACAGAACGUUACUACAAGGAUAUCCUUGAGGACCAAAAGUAUUUUUAUGAUUUGAAGCAAGGAUUGAUGAGUAACGAUGCUGCAGUCGUCACUGCGAAAUUAACUGAAAUAGGAGACAGCGAAUACUGGUGGUAUGACUCCGUCGUUUGCAGGAGGGAAAUUCCUGCUUGCCCA